AAGUUGGCGAACAGCUACGGCAGGUGGAUCGAGGCCGUGGAGGAGGCAGUUUUGCAGCACUCAGAGGUACCCCAACACCAACGAGACGGCUAUAGAGGAAGGGCGCAGGGUUUCGGCAUCAAGUGGACAAAGAGCACAGCAGCGCCAGGCAGACCGCAUCUGUACAAUGCAGAGGCUGAGUGGUGGGCCAUCACGCACACGCAGGUGAUCGCGAUCAAUGGCCUGGUGAAGAACAACAAAGACCCACAACAGCUACAACAACGAGGGCAAGAGUUUCGACAGCGGAUGCAGCAGGUACAUGUGGUCAGCAAGCACAGCGAUAUCGAGCUGCUCAACCAGUGGCAGCAGAGCGCACACGACAUCUUCAGCCCAGCACGGCAGGAGAGAGAGGACGUGAUAGAGGUCACCGAGAGAUUGGCUGGACAAGCAGCGCGGAGAGCUCUGGCAGAUGGCACAAAGGGCUUCAUCAGGUGGGCGCAGGAUAUGUGGAAGAAGACCCCUGGAGCCCUGCACAGAUGGACGAAGGGCGCGCAGCAGCCGCGGCUCGAGGAGAUGAUCUCAGGCACGAUCGUGGCCGAUCCCAUCCUCAUCAUGAACCACAAGAGCGAGAGUUGGGCCAAGAAGUGGACGGCUGCCCCGCAUAGACAGACAGCACUUGCAGGCGCUCUUCGACGUUGCCGUCUCUCGGCGGCCCAAGAGGACCUCCCGCAGCUCACGAUCCAGGACCUCAACGCUGCCACCCACCGCAUGGGGGUCAAGAAGGCACGAGGAAUCGAUGCGAUAGGCCCCUUGGACAUCGAGAGGCUCCCAGACCAGGCCAAGUACAGUUUUUUGGAUAUCAUCGCGCAAGCCGAAGAGCAUCUGAUGUGGCCCCCACAAGUCCUGGGCACCAUCGGCGCGAUCGCGGGCAAACCAGCAGUGGUCGAGUCGUGGACGCAGCAGUUGGAGGACCACUGGGAUACGGCGUUGCGUGGUUCCUCGGCGUUACGUGCGGCUUUGCUGCGAGCUACCCUCGACGAGACGGGCCAUUCCAUGGGUAUUGCACAUGCGGAGUUGUUCGCGGAUAUGGAGCAGUUCUACGAUUCGUUAGACUUGGGAUGGCUCAUAGACACGGGGAUCGAGCUGGAUUUCUCACCGACAAUUAUGGCGAUGGAGGUCGAAGCGUUCCUGGGUCCACGGCACCUCAAGCACACGGAGUGGAUCGGACCCAGGAUCGACCCGUCAUGUUCGAUCGUGGCGGGCUCGGCCCAAGGGACUAGAUUCGCCAAGGUGUACCUGUUCCCUCUCUUGGACGCAGCCCAGAAGCGAGUCCAGGCAGCGGGGCUAUGGACAUACGUGGACGACACGGUUGGAAGGGUCGAAGGUACCGAGGAGACGGUGGAGCAGCAGAUGGUGGAGUUGGUCGAUGAGUUCAUCAUCCAGGCUGAGAAGCGCAGCCUCAUCAUCUCGCCCAAGACGGUGCUCGUUGCAUCCAAUCCCAAGCUCCGAAGACGAAUAUGGCGCAGACUACAACGGCGAGGACUCCCUGGUAAGCAACAAAGUGACAUGGUGGACUUGGGCACCGACGUCAGUGGCAUGGGCAAGCGCACACAGAAGAAGGCGCGGGCACGCCAGCGAAAGGCCAAGCAGCGAGCGGGCAAGAUUUUCAGGUUGCGAAGGAUGGCGACGCGUGUGGCAAGGAUUACCAAGGGCCUCUUCACCACAGGCGUCUCACCCCAGGAGACUUAUGGGCACGAGGCAUCAGCCUGCGACGGCAACUUGUCAGCGAAUGGCUACAUCAAUGGCUUCUUCACCCAGAAAUUCAUCGACGAGUUCGACAAGCAUGGGGACCGACCUACCGUAAGUGACGAGCAAUGGCAGCUCCCCUUCAUAGACGACGAUGGCAAGUGCGACAUUGAUGCUAUUGAGUACACACAGCUGCUGGAGGAUCUGGAGCACGACCUGGAAAUGGCGAGGAGACGGGUAGGCAUCGGAGUGGCGACCAUGAAGAUGAUCGACGGCAAGUGGAGUAUGUCAGCAGGCACGAUGGCAGACCUACCAGGACGGCGUCAAACCGUACCGCGGGCAGAGAUCACGGCCUUCGCGAUUGCCAUAGAGGAAACGAGAGGAGACAUCGUGUACGUCACGGACCACUACCCGCUCCUCACAGCUUGGACAAAAGGCAGAGCUCAAGACCCUGGGCGAGGGAAGAACGCGGAUUUAUGGGCACGCAUCAAGAGGGCGGUGAUGGACACGUCCCCCAGACACAUCGAAGUGGAGUGGACCCCGUCGCACCAGGACGAGGACGAGGUCGAGCUAGUCAACCCGAUUUUUGCGAUGGGCAACAGUUUUGCAGACGCACUUGCUACGGUUGCGGCAGAAGCUUCUUGGGAGAGAGUGUCCACGCCAAUACCACGUACAGACGAAUGGGAUGCGAUCUGUGCUCAUGUACGAUUACGAGCGAGGCAGGCCUUGGAGGACACGGCGAACAUUGACCCUUGGUGCGCUGAGAGGCCCACCACAGCCAAGGCCAAGGCCAAGAGGGACCGAGUAAAGGAAGUCGUCGACAAGAUGAAGCAGCACGAUAUGGUCAGGCUCAAGAAUAAGUGGUUUUGCACAGCCUGCAGGCAGUACAUCGCAGCGGACGCCCUGCAGGAGUUUGCCAGCACGGCAUGCAACGCUACAUACAGCACGGCCAACGAGAUAGUCGAGGUAAAGGGCGACAGGUUCAUGGGCAAUGGCAAGAUACAUGGCAGCCACGUGGUCAACGAAUGGGUGCGGUACGGACUGCUAUUCUGCGCGCGGUGCGCAGCACAUGGAACGACCAUCGGGAAAAGGCUACGCGAGCAGUGCAGCGAGACGAUCACCAAGUACGGGCAGGAUGCGCUCAACAAGAUUCGGGACGGACGCUACCCUGGCUACAG